CUCAAAAUCCAAAGAAAAAGAAGCUGAAGAAAUGUUGGAAGGCAAAGCUUUGAUAAAAGAAACUGAUAUGCCGGAGAAGAUGCAGACCCAAGCCAUGGAUUCUGCUUCUCAAGCUCUUGAUCUCUAUGAUGUUUCUGAUUGCAUCUCGAUUGCUGCUCACAUAAAAAAGGAAUUUGACAAGAAAUAUGGCGGUGGAUGGCAAUGUGUGGUGGGUUCAAACUUUGUGUGUUUCUUCACUCAUACGAAAGGGACUUUUGUGUAUUUUGCUUUGGGGACUCUCAAUUUCCUUAUAUUCAAGGGUUCAUCUUUUUAGGGCAGAGCAAAAAACCAGCUUUAUUGGUCUGCAGGGAUAUGUAUGUAAAGGGUAAUAAGCUUGAUGAGUCUGCUGCUGCCGAGUUGUGUUUAAUUUGAUGAACUCGGCUGUUCAGAUGUCUCUUUGUGCUUGUUUGCAAUGUUCUUGAAAGAAGUUCUAUGGUUGAUUUAGAAUAAUGUAAACUGUUUUUCUUAUUAUGAAAUCGGUUGCUUUUCUGCUCGGUUGUCAUUUUCAGCAAGGCUGCUGCUUAUAGGUUUAUGGCAAUUGGCAAACUCCAGCGUCAGAAAUGGUGAAUAAAACAUAAACAGACGGU